UUGACCGCACGAGCAGCUCUAAACUCGACCUAAUUCUUCCCUAAUCUUCGCAUGAUCGAGGAAUUACACGAAGAAGCGAUGGUUUAUUGGAAGAGGAACCAACUUAGAGGAGCGCGGGCUGGGGUUGAAGUCUCUUAAGCACAUCAGUUUUUAAAUAGGCAUAGGAUUUAAGCGAGGUUCAUGCCAAUGCUGGCCACGGCUCCCAGGGAAUGUAGACUUGAAAGGCAGAACGAGCGUCGAGGAAUGUAUGCCGUGAAGGAUGUGGAAAUUUGUGCUUCGGCACACAGAUUUCUCAAUCGCCAAGGUGUUUGCCAGGAAUUUGUCUGACGAAUUGGAUUAAGUGUGAGAAGAGGCGCUUCGUCAUGGGUUCGGAUGGGGCGCUGAGCGAGGGUGCCGAGGAUCCUUCUGGUGCUGCAGGGCUGAGCCGCAUACUGCUGUGAAUGCUGCUUUUCCGUGCCUGUCAAAAUGCCCACUCAGCGCACCAUCGGUUGUGCUGGCACCGUAUUAGGCAACACAAUGUUGACUUGGAGUGUUGCUGGAGCUCUUCCAUCGGUGGAGUCGCUUCUUAUGAGAAUUGCCGUGGCUUUUCCAUUCUCAAAUGUGGCCUGGGACGCUACCGCUGGUUACAACAAUUUGGAGAGCGCUUCUAGUCCUCUUAGAUCUGAUCCGGGCACAAGCAGUAAUUUUGGUCACACGAAUAAAAUUUCAGGCACCGUUAGCUCCUUUUCCACAAGUCCAGUCCUGAACACUUCGGUUGUCAAGGGAACGUCGAGCAAAACUUUAGGAUAUGGUCAUUCUGUUGAUGUGUUCGUGGACACAAGAGCUCACGGGAGACGGAGAUCAACUUACUCGAUGCCCUUUCACGAGUAUGGAAUGUCAGUGUCCAAGUAUUCAACGACAGCGGUUGAAGUUAAAACGGAAGCUGUGACUGCCGGUAAGAGUUGGAAAGGCAAGGGAUGGAAUCGGGCUCCUACGAGCGAGGUGCUUGCAGCAGUUAUUGACACUGAGGGUUCAGAGCCCAGUGUCGCGACACAAUUCAAUAACAUCCCAGAUUUGGAAGAGAAACUCAAAUUUUUGGAGACAUGUGGACUUGGAGACAAUCAGUUACUCCAAAUGCGAAAGCGCCUUCCUUCCGCUGUCAAGAAUACUUUUCUUAAGCUUUCGAUGAAGAAACUAAUUGAGGUCGCAACUUUCUUAGACGAAGAGGUGGGUGUACAGAAGAAGGAUUUUGGCAAUCUCCUGUUUGCCAACCCUUAUAUAGCAGGAAGCAGCGUUGAAGAAUGUCUCCGGCCGAAGGUCGAGUUUUUGCGACAGCGAGGAAUUACGAAAGAGGAAAUGGGUAAGAUGGUCCUCCGGUCUCCACAAAUUCUGACAUACAGCUUGGAAGGGAAGUUGCUUGCAAUUGAGCAGAAGCUUCUAGAAGCUGGCCUGAAGGAUGAAGAGAUCGGGAGGGUUUUUGUCAGGUAUCCUGCCCUCAUUGGUACGAGUAUCAGUAAAUUUGAUAAAAACGUACAAUCUCUGAAAGAAGCGGGUAUAUCCGAUAUUGCGCGAGCAAUUUUCAAAAUCCCCCAGAUCAUGAGCCUCAGCUUGGACAAUAAAUACAAAGGAAUUUUGCAAUUUUUGCAAGAGGAAUUGCACUUGCAAAAUGAUCAGAUUUCGAAAAUAGUCAGCUCUCAGAUCUCCAUUCUGUCCUUCAGUGUAGAGACAAAUAUUCGGCCGAAAGUUGGGUUUUUUUCAGAGAUGGGUCUCCAAAACGAUGACAUUGCCAGGUUAGUCGUCAAGUACCCAAACAUAUUCUGCCAUAGCUUGGAGAAAUCCAUAAAACCGAAGGUGCAGUAUCUUGUGAAAGAAAUGAAUCUGCAAGUAAUGGAGCUUAUCUCUUUCCCCCAUUACUUAAGCUACAGCUUACCGGACCGCAUCAGACCUCGCCAUGAAUAUGUGAGCAAGUAUGGAUUCAACUUUAGACUCAGUUCCCUUCUAUCUUGUUGUGAAAAUGUGUUUCACAAAAGAUACCCCAAACCUCCUCUAUCCAUCCUAAGCGGUGAGAGUUUAGGUAAUCUUUCCUGAUGUACCCAGGAUAAGUGCCACAAUUUUGGUGUAUCAGUAAAAGUUCAAUGAAUUGUCAAUUUGGUCAUGUCACAAUACAGUGGGUUUUAUAUCUUGCGAUUGCGA